UUAGAGCUUCGGUUCUAUACACACCGCACCCAGUUUUUAAACCACCGUUGCCAUCCUAUCUGUGCGGUGCUUCUCGGCCAUUACUGUGCGCCACUUCCUCCUCCUCAAAAUUUGGGCACACUUAAGUUCUUGGCAUAGUUGUUCUUUAAAAAAUUAAAUGACUCAAUUGGUGUGCUACUCACAAAAUAUGAAGUUACAUUAUUACUCCCCAUUGAACUUCUCAGAGUGUAGAUACAAUUAUUCUGCUGUCAAUCGUUUGGGAUUUCAUAGAGAUGUAUCCACAAAAAUUGGAACAAGACAUAUUUUUGGAGGGUUUUGCCGUUCAUGGAAAUCAAAGAUGCAGAGCUUAUGUAUUGGAUGCCCAACUCUUGCGAAGCACCGAGCCUCAGUCAAGAAUAUGCGGAAAACUUUUAUUUCGAAUGUGUACAAUGCUGAUCGCGAGAUCUAUAAUGAAAAGGGUUAUAGAAGGUUGGGUCAAUGUUUGGUGAUUUCACCAUCAAAUGGAAGAAAACCACAGGCUAUUAUCAAGUUCUUGGGAGGUGCUUUCAUUGGAGCAAUUCCUGAGGUUACCUACAGCCAUUUGAUUGAUCUAUUGGCUAAGGAAGGGUUUCUUAUAAUUGCUGUGCCCUAUAAUGUGACAUUUGAUCACGAAGAAGCCGCAAAAGAAGUCUAUGAUAAGUUCAAUGCUUGCAUGGAUAUGCUUCUUUCCUCUGGAUUAUCCCAUGCUGGCCUCUUGGUUGAUGAUAUCCUUCAACUUCCAGUUUAUUCAGUUGGUCACAGUAAUGGUGCGCUGCUUCAGUUGCUUGCUGGAAGUUAUUUUGGUGAAAAGAUUCCCAAGGCCAAUGCCAUAAUCUCAUUUAACAACAAAGAAGCUUCUGAAGCUGUCCCAUACUUUGAACAGCUAGGUCCAGUAGCUACUCAAUUGGCGCCAAUUCUUGAGGCCUCACCAGUCUACGCAAUGGCCAGAAAUACUUCAGACAACGCUUUCAAGACUGUACUUGAUGUUGCUGGACCCAUGCUUCAACAGUUUGAUCAGGAAGCCAUUGGUUCUGUGACAAAAUUUAUUGACCAGUUACCCUCGGUCAUGAGUCAGGUCAACCAGGGGGUAUCUGAGUUCAAGCCCACACCCUUGGAAAACCGGGACUUCAUAAAAUGUUCUUACAAUGUUCGUAGGACUUUAUUGGUUAAAUUUAACUUUGAUGCAAUUGAUGAAACCGAUGUUAUUGAAGAAAUUUUGAAGCCGCGUAUUGCUGCAAUAGGUGGAAAAUUGGAAAAAGUUACAUUGAAUGGAAUCCAUAUUACACCUUGCGCUCAGGAUAUCAAAUGGAAGGUGGGUGACUUGUAUACUCCAGCUGAUGCACUUGCCCAGGGAUUGAAGGCUGCUUCCCUCAACGAUACAAGGAUGCUUGUCAGGACCAUCUCAGAUUGGUUUAAAAACCUUGGUGAACCAUGAUUUGCAAUAACCAGAGAUGGUCAAGUUUGUAAAAUGCUUCUAAAUCUACUUCUGUUUUUCCCUCCUUCCUGCAAUUUCACACUUCUUUUAGAAAUAUAUAUUUCUAAUUGUUUUGGAGAAUUUUCAUUAAUCCUAGUUGUUUUGUUUUUUCACUUUUUACUCUAUAUUACUAUUUGUUGAUCUA